UGUUUGUACUUCAAGGUAAUCGGUGAAUUUUCGACCAUGGAUGUAAGAACCUCGCUAGACAAUCUGUACAAAGAAGUAUCCUGUUCUGUGUGUAUGAAUACAUUGAGUGAUCCAAAACAGCUCCCCUGUUUGCACAGUUUCUGCCUUCGUUGCUUGAAGAAUAUUGUAGGAACGAGUGGCCGUCAUGAUAUCAUCACAUGCCCAGAUUGCCGAAGAGAGAGUGCAGUUCCAAAAAGUAGAAACUUCGAAGAGUUGCCCACGAACUUUCGUAUUAGCAGCUUGCUAGAUGUGCUGGCUAUCAAAGAAUGUGAUACUUUAGGAGUAAGAUGUGGAAAUUGCGAGGAGAGAAGCGCUCAAAGUUCAUACUGUUUCUAUUGUUGUUCUUUCUGGUGUGACGAGUGUGUUUCCGCACAUAACAUUAUCCGAGCUAAUAAAGAGCACCGCGUGUUGGCCCUCAAAGAAUUUAAAGAUCAUGAUAUCAGUGAAGUUUUGAAGCGAUCAAUAUUUUGUCCAAAGCUUGGACACGAAAAAAAAGAGCUCGAACUCUUUUGUGAGAUCUGUAAAGCCGCCAUUUGCAACGCUUGUGCCUUGAUAGAUCAUGACGGCCACGCGAAGUCGCUUCUAGAAGAAGUUGCAAAUGAACGCAGAAUAGCAUUGAAGUCUUUGAUUGAGACUGAGAAAGAAAGAUUACAGAAAAUAAAGAGUAAAAGGAGCCAUUUUGACGAGAACGUCUUUCAGAUUUAUGGAAACGCUGCCUUUGUAGAGAGGAGCGUUCAGGAAUCUGCUGAUAAAAUGAUAUCAGUCAUCGAAGCGAAAAAAAAGGAGAUGAUCCAAAAAGUGAAAAAACAGGCGGAAGAGUCGCUCCAGCGUCUUGAAGUUGGAAUAAGCGAAAAUGAGUUGACAAUCACCGAAACAGCGAUUGAAAUAGCAGAAACGCUUUUGAAACAGAGCCCAGAUGUCGAAAUCAUACGGCCCAACCCAUAUAUCGAUCAAAAGUUACAACAAAGAGCAAAGGAGCAAGUUGAUGAACUCAACGACCCAGCUAUUUCGAGCAGCGUACCUUUUUUGGAGUACGAUUUCGCGAUUAAUAAAAAAUUACUCGAUAGUUUGAGCGAUGAAAACAUUGGUACUUUUAAGUAUUUUCCCACAAAGACGAGACCGCACCUGUCAUGCGUCAAUGGAAGAGGCGUAUCUGAAUUUUACAGAGGGCUCGAUGCAAAUCUUGUGCUGACAACGAGAAAUAGGAAGGGUGAGCAGUGUUAUGAAGAGGGUGACUGUGUCACUGUGGAUGUUGAGGACUCUUCAUAUUUUUCAAGAAUGCUGGAUACACGAAUCCAAAAUAACAGAGAUGGAACCUACGAGAUAAGUUACAUGUAUUGUAUUGAUUGUUGGUAUUGCAAACCAAUAUCAGUGAAAGUCAAUGGUGAGCAUGUUCAUGGAAGUCCCUUUACUGUUAAAGCCAAAUCCAGACAGUUCAGACCCGUCUCAUCUUUUGGAGAACAAGGUUCCUCCGAAGGAAUGUUUAAUGGGCCAUUGGGAGUGGCAGUAAAUGGACGCGAUGAAAUUGCAGUGACUGAUUCUGGUAACCAUAGGGUUCAGGUAUUCAGUAGUGAUGGAACUUACUUAAGAUCUUUUGGUAGGGAGGGUGAUAAACAGGGGGAAUUUCGCAUGCCUUCUGGGAUAGCCUUUGGAACAAAUGACAACAUUAUAGUGGGGGAAAGUGGCAACCAGUUCAUUCAAAUGUUCACUGGGGAGGGUGAGUACCUGAGCGAUUUUUAUGGCCACUCUAGUCCUGAUCUCUGUCCUGCAGAGCCUUGUGGUUUAUCUGUGGACAGUGAUGGCAACAUUAUUGUUCCUGAUUGCCAUGAAAAAGUAGUCAAAAUAUUUUCUCCCGAUGAACAACUUUUGUGUACCAUUGGUGAGGGACAGCUCACCUCUCCCAGUCAUUGUAUUCAAUACAGGGACCAUUUUUUUGUGUCAGACAGGGGUGACCAUCGUAUCAAAAAAUUUGAUAGGGAAGGGAAGUUACUGAACACUUAUGGUAGUAAAGGGGUGGGAAACAAGCAGUUCAAUGACCCAUGUUUCUUAUCAGUUGACAAGGCAGGACGACUGAUGAUCUGUGAUAAAUUGAAUCACAGAGUUCAGCUUCUUGAGAUUUCGAGUGGAAAGUUUCACACCAAGUUUGAGAUAAAAGGAGAGGGUAUUGGAGGCUUGGGUACCCCAGUCUCCAUGGCUGUUCUGAGCAAUGGAAGGAUAGUCGUGUCAGAUUCCCUACACCAUUGUGUUCAUAUCUAUGAGUAG